AUGGAGUCUAAGGAGGAUUCUAAAGCCAAUGUACCGUUAUCACAACCUGUCUCCUCCUCGGUUACCCCAAAGGAUGUGACCCCGGCUAGCACACGCGAACCUACUCCUGCGGGACCUGUGAAAUGUAGUACGUGUCCUGAUGAUGUCACCGCUGCCUUCUUCUGCGACCAAUGUCAAAAAUAUUACUGUAGGGAAUGCCGGGGAAAACACGCCAAUGAGGUCGCUAAUGGCGCUAAACAUAAAAUGCGAGAUAUUUCAACGGGCCUCACUAUUGAUCUGAAACAAGAUGACACAGUAUCCGCAAAAUCAACACCGAGGCUUCCUUUUCAUUUGCAACAAACUGCAAGUCCAGAAACGAUCUCCAAUUUUCGCGUCAAAGAGCCCUUGCCUAACAUUGGCCAUAGCGUCACUAAAAAGCCUGCAAGAACAGAAAACAAACAGCUGGUUCCUAAAUUCCAGCGUGAGAGAAGUGAAGCAAUGACACCCAGAAGUCAGCUUCGUAGAUGUUUUUCGCAUCCCAGUAAAGAUGUACAACUUCACUGCUUAGAGUGCAAUAAAAUCGUUUGUAGCGAGUGCAUCGUUGAAGGACACCAAAGGCAUCAGUUCGUAAGCAUCUCGGAGGCGGCGACUAAGUUACGAGGUGAGCUACAAUCACACAUUUUGCCAGUAAAGACAUGGUACGAGUCAGACGCGAGGACGGCGAUGACGAAUCUCAACCUAUCGGAAGAGACUUAUACAAAGAAGUCCCAGGAGUGUAUCGAUAUUAUCAACAAGAGAGCUGAACAACUACACAAAGACAUAGAUCGUGUCAAAAAUGCUUUAGUCGAAGAUGUAGAGUCGAAAAACUCUAUAGAUCUGGAGGAGUACAGGAUUUCCAAGGAAGGCUUAGAGGACCAAAUGAAAUCGACAGAGGAAGUGAUAGGAAACAUAGAAAUGGCAAUCAAUGACGCUGAGGACAUCAGUAUUCUUAGAUCAGAAAACGACCUUAGGUCUAUGAUAUCGUCCGUUGAUAUGAAGAUCCAAAUUCAAGAGGCCAAACCGCCAAUAUUCUAUGCAGGAUCAUCGACAGAUGAGAGAAUCCGAGAACUGUUCGGGCACAAUCAUCAAGAAAAACCGGUGGCAACAGUAGCCUGGUCCUUGCAAGCAGAAACACUGAAACCCACACGGGAUUUGGACUUAAUUCGUGUGUCAUCUAUUCCCUGUGCAGAUGGUCAGCCACUUCAUACAAUGGUACCUCUUGGGGAAUCCGAAGUUUGGAUGUCCUCCCUUUCUAACCCGAAACAAAUCCAACUAGUUGGCGUAGAUGGAUCUAUGGAAAAACCCGGGGAAUUUGAUUUUGUCAUUCGAGACCUUGCAAUUUCUCGCAAUGGCGAUUUGUUCAUGUCCUGUUUUGACACCCGAUGCAUCAAACGACUGCGUUUGAAUGGGACUCUCGAAACGUUCUUCAAUGCAUCCCCACUGCAUCCACAAGGAAUACACAUGAGUAGAAGUGGCGUCUUGUUGGCUUGUCUAGUAGAUUCUCCCAGCACAGACGGAAGACAGAUUCGACCUUACAGCAAACGUCAGCUAGUGAAGAUCACCAAGUCAGGAAGGAUCAUGAAGCGGCUUGCCUUCAGCAUUGACAUACGUCUGUUUACAUCCCCACUGAAGGUCGCCGAAACAGUCGAGGAAGAAAUCUGCGUCAUCGACAAAACCGCUAAGGACAGAGGCCGUGUCAUCGUCUUCACCCGUAACGAACAGGUCAAGUUUAUUUAUACCGGUCCAGUAGGACUGAAGAUGGAGUACAUGUUUUGCCCAACAGACUUGACCUGUGAUAUUUACGGACACGUUAUCGUAACUGACGCCAAUAACAACGCUAUCCAUAUGAUUGACAAACAUGGUCAGGUAUUGAGGGUCCAUCAGAUCGGGAGGGACUGGAUUGACGUGCCCCAUUCUGUGGUGGUGGACAACAAAGGUCUGAUGAUCGUGGGCGACUCUGCCGGUAUGGUACACAUCAUUAGGUACCUCAAGUAG